AAAAAACAAAACCAUCAAACAAGAUUAAAACCCACACACUUCACACAUGCGUGCUACAGCUUUUCAGUUAAUAAGAUACCUUUCGGUGCCUACAAACAAAUUAAAUAAAAUUUAUCCUAACAAGAUGGAUCCACAACUUGAAACGUUUUAUAAAAAAGCGUUAGAUUUAACAAAAAUGGCAGGAAAAUAUGUGUUUGAAAAAAUCUCUCAAGAAAAACAAGUCGAAAUCAAAACCGACGAUGUUGACCUAGUCACAGAAACCGAUAAAGCAGUGGAAGAAAUGUUGGUUGAAGGUUUGGGAAAAGCUUUUCCUGAUCAUAAAUUUAUUGGGGAAGAAACCGUUUCAGGUGGACAAAAGGUGGAAUUAACGUCUUGUCCGACAUGGAUUAUCGAUCCUGUUGAUGGUACGAUGAACUUCGUUCAUAGCUUUCCGCAUUCCUGUAUUUCCGUUUCCUUAUUUAUGAAUUUUAAUCCUGUUAUUGGUAUUAUUUUUAAUCCCUCUUUAAACCAAUUAUUUACCGCUGUAAAAGGGAAUGGAGCGUUUUUGAAUGGAAGUCCUAUUCAAGUUUCAAAUGAAACAAAAUUAUCAAAAUCUUUAUUAAUGAUGGAAGUUGGUACAAGUAGGGAUGAUGAAAAACUGCGAUCAGUUUAUAAUAAUUUUACGAAUCUCGUACCUAAAAUACAUGGAGUAAGAACUUUGGGAUCAUGUGCUUUAAACAUGUGCAUGGUUGCAAUGGGAGGAGCAGAAGCUUAUUUUGAGUACGGACCUCACAUUUGGGAUAUAGGAGCUGGAGAAAUCAUUAUAAAGGAAGCUGGAGGGGUUAUAAUGGAUCCAAAAGGCGGCCAAUUAGAUCGACUAUCAAGAAGAAUGUUAUGCGCUAAUAAUGAAAAAAUUGCGGAGGAAUUAAUGUGCUAUUUAGAGCAGUAUUAUCCACCCAGGGACUAAAUUUUUGUUGUUGAUUUAUUGUGAUACAUAUUGCAUUUAUAUUAUUUAUUUCUUUUUAUGAUUUGUUUGAAAAUAAAGAACCUCUU